ACAGCACCCAAACAGCCACGCCCCGCUCUGAGAGUUUGAGCUCGAGCGCAGUCCGCUUCACCGACACCUGGAAUACAGCGCGCGUGCACAUGCAGCUACCGAUCAUGGCACUCACGUCGUCUCGCUCCAGUGGUGUCCUUGUCCAACGAUCACCCUCCGUGUGUCUCUGAGAGGAACCAUGCUGUCGGGAAGCUGGCACCGUGGAACCGUGAUCUCGGGGUCCAGGCUGGGCAGUACUGUGGUUCUGGAGGCUCAGUAUGAUUACUCGUACCGUGCCACCGACGGCCGUCUGGUCUCCAUACACGAGGGCGAGUGCUUUCUGCUGCUGAGGAAGACCAAUGCGGACUGGUGGCAUGUGCAGAGGAUCGGGGUCGGCGCGAAGGUCAAACCCAUAUAUGUGCCGGCAACAUACGUCAUUGAGCUGCCGGUCAGCCAGUCCCGCCCCUUGCUGCCCUCCAGCCAAUCAGCAUCAGAGAACUUCAAGAUGAUUCCACGAGGUUCCCUCACACCCUGCAUGCAAACGCAUGGCUCAGCGCCUGAUAAGCAGUUCUGUCGUUCCAUGGAAAACCUAAACUUCAGCAGUGUCUUGAUGGACAAACACGCCGGCAGAGUUUCAGCAGGAGGACGUUUCCCGACGUUACCCUUCUCCGGUUAUUCAGCCUCGCCCUCGGGUCACCUCUCGGUUCCGGGCGUCCCGAUCGCCCGCAGUCAAAGCUCCAGCAACCUUCCCCAGAACCCAUACCAGAACCAGGCCCCGACUACAUCCUGCACCUGGGACAUGAGCACAGCCGCUCACAGACACACACAGGUACUCAUACAGAUCUCAUCAUCUGCCUACAUUUCCCAGAGUUCCCUGUCAGAGCAGGGGAAGCGGCAGUGGGCGGAGCCUCCCAAGCCGUUGCCGGGUCAACGACCCCUGCAGACGCUGCAGCUGUGGGAUCAAUACUGUGACCCCGGAACUGGACGCUGUUACUACAUCAACACCGUUACCGAGGAGCGCUCGUGGAAACCUCCGCGCCUAGCCCGCGAAAUCCACGCCCACCAAAAAAAGGUCGGGAUGGUUCAGCGUGACAUCAGGCACCUGUCGCUCCCAUUACAGAACUCAGGAAGCAGCUCAAUGCACAGGCUCUCGCCUGACCUCUCCUACAUUACCCAUGAUGCCAAUGGCUGGCAGCUGAGUCAGAGAAUGCAGCACGCGGCGUCUUCUGAAGCACUUAGCUCCGCCUCUGAUGCGUUAGGCGACGCCCAUUACAGAAGCUCCAUCAGCCAAUCCUACUCCAUGUUCCUCCCCUCACAGGAACAGAGAGCUUCUGCAAAUGGCAAGUCAGAUUACAGUCUGGAGGAAUCUGACAGCUCCACAGACACUGAAGGAGUCACACCGGAACUUGAAAAGUCCGGUCUGCUCAACAAAACCAAGAUAGCAGAAGGAGGCAGGAAACUGAGGAAAAACUGGAACCCGUCAUGGGUGGUGCUGGUGGGAAACAGUCUCGUCUUCUUCAAAGACCCCAAAAGCCAGAAUCCUGACAGCUGGAAGCCGGGGAACAGUCGUCCGGAGAGCAGCGUGGAUCUGAGAGGAUCUCAGCUUCAGUGGGCCAACGAUCUGUCCAGCAGAAAAAACGUCUUCAAGCUGAGGACGGUUACAGGAAAUGAAUUUUUGCUGCAGUCAGAGACAGAAUUGCUCAUCAGAGAAUGGUACAGAACCAUCCAAAAUGUCAUCGACAGGCUGGAUAAGGAGAAUCCUCUGGAUAACGUGCUGCAGUAUUCUCUGAGGAGAGCCGGAUCGGUGGAGAUGUUGGAUCAGAGCGGAGACGAGGACGAGACUCGCGGUGGAAAUAAGACCUCGUUGCCUCGCUCCGCGUCUAACCCGGAGAGCUCGGAGCACAAGCGUGUGAAGAGCCGCUUGAAGAAGCUGAUCCUCCGGAGACCUCCGCUGCAGACGCUGCAGGAGAAAGGACUCAUUAAAGAUCAGGUGUUCGGCUGUGGGCUGGAGCUGCUGUGUGAGCGCGAGAAGAGCUGCGUCCCUCAGUUCGUCAGGAAAUGCACCGAUACUGUGGAGAGGAGAGGUUUGGAGACUGAUGGGAUUUACAGAGUCAGCGGGAAUCUGGCCGUCAUUCAGAAACUGCGCUUCUCUGUCAAUCACGAGCGAGCCGUGACCACAGAUGGACGCUAUCUCUUCCCUGAGGAUUUAGUUCAAGAGCGUCUGGAUCUGGACGACCCGCAGUGGGAGGACAUCCACGUCAUCACCGGAGCGCUCAAGCUGUUCUUCAGAGAGCUGCCCGAGCCGCUCGUGCCCUACGAGUUCUUCCAGGACAUCGUGGAGACCGUCAAACUGUCUGAUCACGAGGAGAAGGUGGAGAGACUGAAGCUUCUGGUCCUCAGCAUGCCUCCGCCCAACCACCACACCCUACGACACAUGAUCCGACACCUCAGACGGGUGAUGGAGUGCUCCGACAGCAAUCGCAUGACCACGCAGAACAUCGGCAUCGUGUUCGGCCCCACGCUGAUGCGUCCCGAGAACGAGAGCGGAAACAUGGCCUUUAACAUGGUGUACCAGAACCAGGCCGUGGAGCUGCUGCUGAGCCAAUACCUGCAGAUCUUCGGAGACGAGCAGACGGGAGCUUCCUGAAACAAUCCCAGACUGCACUGGGACACGAGGACGAGUCUGGACACAGACUGCAGCAUGACUCCACAGACUCACCGGAGAUAUGAGAGAACACCACCGGCUCACGUGUCACAAAUAAUAAGAGUAAUAAAAAGAAAUAAUAUUUUGCAUGAAGAAAAUUAAUUUUUACGACCAUUAAGAUCACAUAAUAAUAUUGUCCUAUUUUUAAUUAAACACAUUUUCGACAUAAAUUCUCAAAGUCAUUUUACUUCUUUUUUUUACUUCUUCGUUUUUUAAUUUCUAAAAAAAAAAUAUAUUAGCAUAUUUUGCAUGAAGAAAAUGAAUUCUAAUUAGGAUUGACAGUAUGAUAUUAUUUUCAUCACAAUUAAAAUCAUAUUUUUUUUUUACAGAUAUUAUUUUAAUCACAUUUAAAAAAUGUUCAAAGCAUCCAGGCAUUUUGCUUAAUUUGUUUUGUUCUAAAAGAUAGACAUUAUAUUUUGCAUGAAGAAAAUUUUUUAAUAAUUAAUAAUAAGCUUUAUGCAAAAAUAUAAUUUCUUUCUUUUGAUGUUUUGAGUGACCUGGGAAUGUUCAUGACAGGUUUUUUUUUUUACUCAAAUGUAUUUGUGUAAGUGUGUGUGUGUUUGAGUCUGUGUGUGUGUGUGUGUGUGUGUGUGUGAUUCGUCUUUCAACUCUUCAGAUUUCAUCCCUAGUGCCUUUUAACAGUUUUCAUCUCAAAUGAUUCCCCGCUCAGAGCUCCUGCAGAUUUAAUGCAGAAGAACACACAGCACACACCGGCGUCAAUCAAAGCCACACGUCCCUCAGUAAUCAGGAAGAUCAGGAAGAUCAGGAAGAUCAGGAAGAUCAGGAAGAUCAGGAAGAUCAGUGCAGGUCACACGCUUCAGACGUUCAGUCGUCCUUUAAUCGGGAAAUAAAAGUGGAUGCAAUUCUCUCCAAAAUACGAUGCAAUUCCCUUUCCAUUGUUUCUAAUGCGUGUGUGUGUGUGUGAGAGAGAGAGCUUGUGAGUGUGUGUGUGUGAUUGAGUGAGUAGUAGUGUGUGUGUGUGUGUGUGUGUGCGUGAGCUUGUGUGUGUGUAUAUGCAUGUGUGUGUGUGUGUGUGUGUGCGUAUGCAUAUGUGUGUGUGUAUGCAUAUGUGUGUGCGUAUGCAUGUGUGUGUGUGUGUGUGUGUGCGUAUGCAUAUGUGUGUGUGUAUGCAUAUGUGUGUGUGUGUGCGUAUGCAUGUGUGUGUGUAUGCAUGUGUGUGUGUGUGUGUGUGUGCGUAUGCAACAAGUGUGUGUGUGUGUGUGUGUGUGUGUGUGCGUAUGCAUGUGUGUGUGUGUGUGUGUGUGUGUGUGUGUGUAUGCAAGUGUUUGUGUGUGCCUAUGGAUGUGUUUGUGUGUGUGUGUGUGUGUGUAUGCAUGUGUGUGUGUGUAUAUGCAAGUGUGUGUGUGUGUGUGUGUGCGUAUGCAAGUGUGUGUGUGUGUGUGUCUGCAUAUGUGUGUGUGUGUGUGUGUGUGUGUGUGUAUAUGCAAGUGUGUGUGUGUGUGUGUGUGUGUGUGCGUAUGCAUGUGUGUAUAUGCAAGUGUGUGUGUGCGUAUGCAUGUGUGUGUGUGUGUGUGUGUGUGUGUGCGUAUGCAUGUGUGUAUAUGCAAGUGUGUGUGUGCGUAUGCAUGUGUGUGUGUGUGUGUAUGCAAGUGUGUGUGUGUGUGUGUGUGCGUAUGCAAGUGUGUGUGUGUGCGUAUGCAUGUGUGUGUGUGUGUGUGUGUGUGUGUGUCUGCAUAUGUGUGUGUGUGUGUGUGUAUAUGCAAGUGUGUGUGUGUGUGUGUGUGUGUGUGCAUAUGCAUGUGUUUAUAUGCAAGUGUGUGUGUGCGUAUGCAUUUGUGUGUGUGUGUGUGCGUAUGCAUGUGUGUGUGUGCCAGUCUCAGCGCGGGUGGAGCUCUGCUGCCAUUUCUCCAAAACUCUGCUUUUAAUAACAGAACAAAAGAGGAACUAAAAAUGCAUAUGUUUAAAAAAUGUGCAUCCCCUCCCGCCCCACGCCGUGGUUUGGUAAUUUUAUAUGGACUGUGGCUUUGGCUCUCGACUAAAAGAGCCGGGCAGAAGAACAAGAACCGGGACCGCGUACACACAUUUUAAUGUUUGAUUUUAUAUAUUUAUUCAUUUUUAUUUUCUUAUUAUUUCAAUUCCACGAGGGGCCACAAAGAAGGUUUUCAGAGGAGAAGCAGAACAGAAAGGACUGAUGUUAUAUUAUAUUCUUCUUUAUUUCUGAAGGCAUGCGUUAUUAUGAACCUUCAUGGCCUUUCUAGAAAGAAGAAACAGAAUUCAUGCAACGGAAAUGCUCUCUUUGCUCAGAUUUCAUAUAUCUGAGCUGUCUGUUGUAUAUAAAACAGAACUGUGAAUAUCGGGCUAAACUUCUGGUUUUUGUGUUCUUUCAGAAGAAAUGGAGAGAAAAUGAAAGUUCACCUUUCAUUUGUAGGUGAACGAGUCUUUUAGAGAGAAACAGGUUUUCGUGAUUCAUUCAGGUUCAUCGUCUGACUCUCCUCAUGUUCUCUGUGUUUCUCCUACACUCGUGAAAUAUUAUAUUUUAAUAUGAGAGCUCUCAGUUUUGUGUGAAUGUUUCCUUUUCAUAAUCUGUCUAUUAUGAUGAAGACGACUAGUCAUAAAACAUCAGUUCAUCAGACCACAUCCAUAGUCAGAGUGACUUGCAUUUUCUCCCUUUAAAUAUUGUAUUUCAGAAUUAUGAUAAUAAAAACAGAAAAACUGUUUAGAAA